AUGAGUUUACACAAAGCUCUAAGGAGGCGGAGGGAGUGGCUCUUUGAUAUAACAGAGGAGCGCAAUAGUGGGGAUAAGUCCGAGGGCUCCCUGGGUACCACCAUUCCAGACAUUCCCAGAGACCGUGAGAUUCACAAGCUGAUAAGAGGUUCAGAUGACUGUAUCAAACUAGCCUCCAAUCUGAUUACCGACAACCAAAUCCUUUCAUAUGACAAGGGCCUUUCAGACAGCGCUUCGAGCCCGGUCAUACUGAAUGAUGGUAUCCUUCCAAAGGAGCCCGAGAUACGUGACCUGGCGCCUGGUCGACUUGCGUUCCGAAAGCCUGGUGAUACUUUCUGUCAGGAGCAACAUUCAUGGAGAAGUAUUAUUGAAUUAAAGAAACACCGGGAGAUCUUCGGAGAGCUGCGGUGGGCAAUUCGCUUGGGAAGCUGGAUAAAUGGCAACCCACAAGAAAACCUCACCCAGCUAAUUGAAACCCGAUUAGCCGGUAUUAAGAACAUCAAAGCCAAAGUCGAUAAGAUCAGCAAUGCUCGCCACCAGCUUUCUCAGAAAUUGCAGGAAUUCGCAUCACGGAUUGAAGGGACGGAAAGCAGUAAAUCUGAGCUUCCAGACCUGGAAAUGGUUCAGCUGUCUCUCCGUAUAAAACGGUAUGAGGUGGAACAAGCUACUGAAGAGUACCAGAAGGGUAUUUCGAACUUAACGAGCUUGAAGGAGAGAAUUACGCUGCUUGUCAAGUUCAUAGAGCGCGGGGGUGACGGGAUAGAACACACGUCUGAUCAAGCGGAGCAGGCAACGGAUGAUGAAGAAAAUGCAAAUGAAGGCGCUGAAGGUCAUUCUGGUGAGGCCAAUGUUAUGGUCGAUGAACCCACGGAGGCAGAGAUGGAGGUUCAACAUGAUCUGGUGGUAGAAGGCAUGGAUCCCAAUACAACAGACAAAAUACACGGACAGGAACAGGCGAUGGCUUAUACAAAUAAGACGAAUUCGUGCGAAGAAGGAGAAAGGGAAGAUGGAAAGGAGGAGGAGGAGGAGGAGGAGGAGGAGGAGGAGGACGACGACGACGACGACGACGACGAACAGGAGGAGAGUUCACAACAGCAUCUCGAUCAACAGGAAAAGCCUGCAGCUUCUUAUAUUGAUAUGGCAAGGGAACUUUUGGAAGAAACCGAGAAAGAACUGGCUGAGCAGGAAAAGAAGAACACGGAGUUAGAGACGCGCAAGGACGAGGCGUGGGAUGAAUACCAACAAGUGGGGAAAAAGAGUGUAUGGACAAAAGUGGAAGGAAAAAAUCUGGACAGGACUUUGAAGACUCUCCGAGGUGAAUUCGGCAAAGUGAAAGAGCAAUUGCAGAUUUUGGAGGACUUUGAGAAGGAGCAGAAGGAAGAUUUGCAAAAGCUUGAGAACGAAAUAGCAGUGGUCCAGGCAAAACAAAAGGCCUUACAGCUGGCGGUGACCCAAAUAGCACAGGAGGUGCAGGCAGAAGUUGUCAACCAAUAUCCGGAGCCAGAAACAUCCGCCAGCACACACUCCACUGGACUCUCUGGCACGGAAUCCGGUCAGCGUCAGCAGUUUAUCAAUAACCGCUUAAAGACUAAGCUGGCGAAGCAUAUCGACAACGAACAGGCAGAAGCCCUCGCCACACUCAGGGCUGGAAUCAAACAGAAUACCAAGCUAGGACUGGCUGACAAGGAUAUCGACGAGUUGUUGAAGGUCCACUGUGCUGUGUUCGUGGCCCAGCCACUCACGCGACUGACGAACGCAAGAGAAAAAAUCUACAGAGACCUCAAUGAUUGUGAAUUCCGGCUGCUCGUCUUGUGUAGCGCCCCCAACAAAUACCACCCCCUUAUCGCCCGUCUUCAAAAGAACGUAUUCCAAAAGGAGGCUUCGAACAUAGACAACCUGAAUAAGAAGAGAGAUUACGCCGCACUUUCCUACUCGUGGGGCGAUGGAUCAGCGGACCACCACAUCUACUUGCUCCCGGAGGGGACCGAUCGGAUUGAGGAUUCAUUUUCCCUGCCAAUCCGGGAAAACCUCUUCUGUGCAUUACACCGAUUGCGGAGGAAAGACGAGAAUGUGACCCUGUGGGUGGAUGCCGUGUGCAUUGACCAGGAGAAUGCUGCAGAGAAAACCAGUCAGCUCGGGUGCAUGCCUGACAUUUAUAGUCAGGCCAGGAUGGUCUGUAUCUGGCUGGGUGAAAGUGACAAUGAAAGAAGAAGUGAUAAGGCGAUUGAUUCCAUCCCACAGCUGGUAGACAUGGCGACUUUGGACGCCAACACUGACGCCAAGGAUCAUGCUCAGCAGUGGGCGGCUCUUUCAGAGCUCACCCGGGAUCCCUGGUUUGCUAGACGAUGGAUUGUCCAAGAGAUCUCACUUGCGAGUAAGGCCGUUGUAUAUUGUGGUGAGAAGAUGGUUCAUUGGGAUGCGCUGGUCGAUGCUAUUGCCCUUCUGGUGGCCAAUGAAGAGCGAGUCAGAGCCUUGUUCGAUCCUACAAAGUGGCGAUAUGGGCGCAAUACCCUAGGGGAGAUUCAAUUUUCGAGCGCAAACGUCCUUCUCGAGGUGAUAAGUAGCCUGUUUCCAACGACCGAGGACCGAAGCAAACACAAACCGUUGAAAAGUUUGGAAUACCUCGUAACAACUCUCCAGACUUUCGAUGUCAGCGACCCACGCGAUUUGAUAUACGCCCUAGUCCAUAUUUCGCGCGACCAUGCAGAAGAGAGAAUCACAGUGGGUCACCAGCCUACGGAGAAGCAGCGAAGCCCUGAAGAGGUGCAACGGAUCCCGCCCAAGUUACAUAUCGACUAUGGGACACCCAUCCCUACCGUGUUCAAGCAAUUCACGCAGUAUUGCGUGGAGACAUCCGGCUCAUUAGACAUCAUCUGUCGCCCUUGGGCAAAACAGCCCAAAUCUCAGGAACGCUCCCUGCUCAAGACAGACAAUAGUCUUCCAAGCUGGGUUCCUUUGCUUGAGAACGCGGAGUUCGGUGGUCCUGGACAGUCCCACAAAGGUCGAAAGAAUGGACGAAGCUUUGUCGGAACCGUAGGCCAGCAGAUCUACAACGCCUCCAAUGGCAUGCAAGCAAAGGGUGUCACGUUUGACGAAUAUCCAAUGCGCAUGAAAGUCAGUGGCUUGCUUCUGGGAACGGUGGAAGAGGUUUCCCCGCGUUGUAGUGGGGGCGUGGUAUUCCGAGAGUCUCUCAGGCUCGGUGGCUGGGAAGGAAUCGACAGCGGUCCAAAGGCUGUUCCGGCUAGAAUUUGGCGGACAUUGAUUGCGGAUAGAACCUCAAACGGACUGUCGCCUCCCCUUUGGUAUCAACGAGCUUGUCUGAGGAGUCUCGAAAUAGCUGACAUGUUCAGCGGUGGUGACCUCAAUACUGGGCAACUCUCAGAUGAGGUGGUCUUCGCCCGGGAUUACCUCAGAAGAGUCCGAGAAGUAACAUGGAAUCGUUGCUUCUUCAGAGCGGCGGGUCACGAAGAUGCGCAUAUUUCUGAAAUACAUCAUGCUACAGACGAUGCUAAGGCCAAUGCCGAAUUGCAAGCUUCCAAUGAUGGCGAGGAUGUCCCUGAAAUUGUGAUGGAGGAAGCAGACCAAACUAAACACGAGGAAACCAUUGAUGCCGAAUUGAGUAUCAAAGAUGCCGAAAAGUUCGUACAGGAUGGAGAUGCCGUUGAGCAGGCUGAGGAGAUUGAGCCACCGGUGGACAUCAGCAAAGGGAUAGAUGAUCCGAGUGUUCCUGCACCCAAUGAGCGAAACAUGGAGAUGCUGACGGCUACAUCCUCGGAGCAACAAGGGCGCAACCACACUUCCGAACAAGACGCGGGGUCGGGUUCAGAAAGAACGGAAGACUGGUUUGGUAUUUGCCCAAGGAAUACAUCCUACAACGACAAAGUCUGUAUUCUGUUCGGGUGUAGUGUUCCGGUUAUUUUGCGUCCAGUAAAGAAAGACGCCUACAAGCUAAUUGGGGAAGCAUAUGUACAUGGCGCAAUGAGCGGGGAAGUGGUAAGAACUAUGGAGAAAGAAGCGUUGGAGAGGUCGACCAAAAUAUUUGACAUCAGAUGAUCCAGAUCGCGUCCAAUCAUUACUAAGCUGGUCCUUUUUCAUUUCGGGGUUUUGGAGCAUCUGAUAUUGUUUUAUCAUUGUUAUUGCCAGAAAU